GUGGCUCUCAUAAAUUAAUGUUCACAAAUUUUGAAUUUUUAAGUGAAAUUGUAAUUGUUUGUUUGGCCGUAAUUUUGUAGUUUGAGAAUUUUCUGAAACCACAGGGAAAAAUUAAAUGAAGUUUAGUGGCUUUUGUACCUAAACAAAAAUUAACCAUGAAAAACAAGGGAUUUAAUUCAUAAAGACUUACCAUUCUCAUCUGAUCACCUUUAAUCUUUAAUGAUGCCAAUGUAUAGAACACAUUAAGCAGUAGUUCCUCCUUCUGAAACACUACAAUAUAUUAUAAUAUUGUAUUUCUUAAAACAUGAUUUAAAAUUUACCACUUGUCAAGAAUAGCAAGUGUGGGGAUGCCAAAGGAAGAUAGAAAAAUUCGAGAGAUUGCUAAAAGUUCUGGCGUGUGUGCGUGAUGCGUGUGCUGAGCCGUGGGGGCAGGCUGGUCCACACGAGUGCGAGACGCGCCCUGGGUCUGGUGCCGAUAGUCAUCGAGCGGACGGGCCGGGGCGAGAGGGCGUACGACAUCUACUCUAGGCUCUUGAGGGAGCGGAUCAUCUGCCUCAUGGGGCCGAUCAGUGACGACAUAUCUUCUCUGGUUGUGGCCCAGCUCCUGUUUCUGCAGUCGGAGAGCAGCAAGAAGCCAGUGCACAUGUACAUCAACAGCCCCGGGGGCAUCGUGACGGCAGGGCUGGGCAUCUACGACACCAUGCAGUACAUCCAGCCACCCAUCGCCACCUGGUGCGUGGGCCAGGCUUGCAGCAUGGCCAGCCUGUUGCUGGCGGCCGGGGAGCCGGGCAUGCGCCACUCCUUGCCCAAUGCCCGCAUCAUGAUCCACCAGCCGUCCGGCGGCGUGCAGGGACAAGCAACAGACAUCCAGAUUCAAGCUGAGGAGAUAAUUAAACUGAAGAAGCAGAUUAAUGGACUGUAUGUUAAGCACACUGGACUGACGCUAGAGAGAAUUGAAUCCAGUAUGGAACGAGACAAAUUCAUGUCUCCUCAGGAUGCCAAGGAAUUUGGCAUCAUUGACAAUAUACUGGCACAUCCACCAAGAGUUACUGACAGUGUUGAGCAAGCCCAUUCUGAUGGUGGUUCAAACAGCUGAAAUCGUUGUUACGAAUUAAAUUGUACAAACACUCAUUUCUAUUACAAAAAUAUAUGGUUCUAGGUAACA